CACAACAUAGCAUCAUGGAUGCGUUCAAACUUCGAAGUAUCGACCUGCAACAGGUGCAAAACCAGAUCCGGCACAAGACCGACGGUCUGAGUUCCAGCACUCUGGUUCUGCGGAGAGGACAGGCCUUUACAGUGACAAUCAGCUAUGAUGGACGACCAUUUGAUCCACUGAAGGAAAAACUGAUCUUCCGAAUUGUUUUAGGUCCGCUGUCUGUGGAGGUCCCGGUCUCCAGGCUCGGACAUUCCUCUCUGACUCAAUGGAGCGCUGUUCUGGAGAGGAGCAUCCCGGACCCGACUGGACCCCAUGCUCUAUGGGUAUCACUGUCCAGCCCUGCGUCUGCUUCUGUCGGUGUCUACACACUUCAGAUGAGAGUCGAGACCCAUUUGACUGUGAGAACACAUCUGCUCGGCCAGUUCAUGCUUCUCUGCAACCCCUGGUGCCCAGCUGAUUCAGUGUUCCUGCAGUCGGAGGAUCUGAGGAAUGAAUUUGUCAGGAGUGAUUUCGGCCUGCUGUUUAAAGGCAGCCUCGGGAACAUCGUCUUCAGACCCUGGUCGUUUGAUCAGUAUGAAAAAGGCAUACUGGACAUUUGUAUGAAAUUGCUGCAGCUGAGUCCUCAACAUCAAGCAGAUAUAGGUAAAGAUCUGCAGAACCGCAACAAUCCGGUUUACAUCAGCCGCGUGAUCUCAGCGAUGGUGAACUCUAAUGAUGAUAAAGGAGUGUUAAUGGGAAACUGGUCAAAUGACUACAGCGGUGGUGUCAGCCCUUCACAGUGGUCCGGCAGUGCAGAUAUUCUCAGGAAGUGGGCAGAAACACAAUUCAGUCCUGUGAAAUACGGACAGUGCUGGGUGUUUGCUGCUGUCAUGUGUACAGUAAUGAGAGCCCUUGGCAUUCCGACUCGAGUCGUCACCAACUUCAACUCCGCUCACGACACAAACAGAAAUAUAGUGAUUGAGGAAUAUUACAGUGAGAUGGGGGAAAAAUUACCCAUCGGCAGGGAUAGCAUCUGGAACUUCCAUAUGUGGGUGGAGAGUUGGAUGAAGAGGCCUGAUCUGGGUCGAGGUUAUGACGGAUGGCAGGUUCUCGACCCCACGCCACAAGAGAAGAGCGCAGGUCGGUCAUUACAGCUAUUUUUACAAGGCUUAUGCAUAUGGAAAACUCAUGUGUUUUUUUAUUCCUUUUUAUACAAAAAUCUCCUUCUUUCACAUUUAGAUGACAGCACAGUUCGUGCACUGAGCACUGAUGCUCGCAGAGGUGAAGGUGCUACAGGAAGAGUGGCACCUCAGGGCUGUGCAGUUUCUCUCCAGCUUCUGAAAGCCCCUGUAGUUGGCGAAAACAUUUCUUUCAACGUCACAAUCACUAACAAAGUCGCUGUUCCGAAACUGCUGAGAAAACAUGUGAACGCUCAGAACAAGGAGUACAACCGCAAUCCCACGGGAACCUUCUGGGAGGCUCAUGGCGAUGUGAUGAUCGGCCCAAAAGAAACUGUGACUAUACAACAUGAGAUCUCCUUCAAGGACUACAUGCUGACGGAGGCUGCGGAGGAUUCUCUGGUUAACCUGGCUGUGGUUAUUGAGGAUGUGAAGUCUCAGGAGAGAGUGCUGGCUUCAGAGGAGUUCAACAUCCGCAGCCCCUCCCUCAAUAUACAGGUUCAGAAUGAGUAUGUGGUCAUCAACACGCAGCAAGUGGCCACAGUGACCUUCACCAACCCGUUCAGCAUUGCAGUGAGCGGUGAACUGAUUGUAGCCUGUUCAGGACUUCAGGAGAAAGUUCAAACAAGGCUUACAAUCCAGCCUCGAGAAACCAUGAGGAUGCCCAUUAAUUUCACUCCCAGGAUGGCGGGUGCCAAGAUGCUUUACGCUAGUUUAGUGUUGAUGAAUCCUUCCACCGUCCUGCACGGAUUCAAGACCAUCAAUGUUCAAGCAUCUUAGAGUCAAACACCUUUAGAAAGAAUUGUGAACCCUCAGCAUGAAGUACUAUUUAAUGCUCUUCUAAUACAUUGUCAGCCUUUUUUUCUAAAAUACGUAUAAUGUGUACAACACUUUUCAACAAGUCAGUAUUAGAAAUGUUUUCCUCCAGUACGUUUGCACUCACUGAAGCUGAGGGUCUCUGCUGUGAACGAGUCUGCCCUCUUCUGGGAAAUGCAUGUGAACAGAUCGCAAACAAGUGUAACACAUGGACAUGUUAAGAAAAAAAUACUUUAUUUUCUGGCUAAAUAAUCUUGAAUAUACAGUUCAGUGUGAAUCAAAUCAAAAAAUAUUUUUACAGUGAUAUUUACAGUGUUAAAAAACCCAGAAAGCAAUAACGGUGUUUCAGAGGCUAGUUUAGUAAAAAAGACAACUUGAGUGCUUCUGCAACUUUGGACACUUUUUUUUGUCCCAGGGGUUAGUAACUUUUUUUACUUUUAUUUAUUUAGUUAGUUAGUUAGUUAGUUAGUGUGACAUUCAAAUUAAAACUGUCCUGGAAACCUUUUACAGUGCCCCAUUGUCUUAGUGUUAAAAUAUGAACCAGAACUAAAAAAAUAAAAAUAAAAAAAAUCAAUUUGAUCUCAUUUUACAGUAAAUCUUAAAACACUCUCACAUUCUUAAUCUAUAUGAGAAAUAGUAACAGUGAUGGUAAUACCACAAA